CCGAGAGAGCGCGAGCCGAAAGCCCGGGAGUCGUGGUGAUCGAGACGAUUACGUCGCGAUCGAUCGAGAAAACGGAGCCGAUACGUGGAUCGCAGCGGUCCGAUGGGUCAAACGGAACGAUGAAUAAUUAUUUCGAAAAAUGUGACAGAAGGGAAGAUUGGACGCUGCGAUCGACCCGAUCGCGCAUCGAUCAGUCUCGAUCGCGAUGCUAUCAUCGAUUUGUCUACGAGACCGGCUGUUUCCGAGAGAUAUGAACGCGUGCAACACGUGUCUUGUGACGCGAUUAAAUGAAAAUCAUAUCGCGAGAGACGAUAGUCCGAUGAUUGAUCUUCGCGAAUGUAGCUGGAUAUAGUGAACAAAUCGUUUUAGCAGUGAAAAAGCUGCUGAAAAACAUUGUGCCGCGGACACGUAAUGCCUAAAGAUACGGUCGCAAGCGAUAUAGUUCGAUACACGCGUGUCUUUUGCCGUUAAAAGGACCACCGGUCUGGUAAGACGCGUAGAUUUCGUACAAGGUUUCCUCAUUUGUCUUGUCGAGAUAUCUCGAGUUCGAAAUUGCUCAUUCGUGCGUGUAGCUAUUUCUUCUUUCGACCGGAAAGCACGUGACAUCCCACUGCUAAGCGUUUUAGACACUUUUCCAUGUAUUAAAAAAUUUUAAUUAAAUUGGAAUACAUCAGAAGGUAUAAUAAACCACUCCGGCGAAAAGUGAUAUCUGAGACUUUGAGUAAGAAGCAAAAUUAUGUACGCCAAUUUGCUUAUGAAGUCAUUAAUGCAAUGACGCGUAUUGUGUUGCGCGCAUUGUGCGGAGUAAAUGAAGAUGAACAAGAACAUAACGCGUCCGUCAAAAUUAUGGAGAGUAAUCUGUGCAUUAUUCCUUCGGGCAGAAUAGGAGGAUAUUUUCCAUUAUGAGGAAACAUUCAACAGAAUAUAACACAAGAGAUUAAAAUAUACGACUCGGAAGAUAUUAAUCAUUUCGAAAUUUUUCAAACGCUCAAAACACUAUUUAUCAUCACGUCGGGCGUCUAACAAGAUGCGAAUCGUUACAUGCGCGUUAAACGUGACGACGAACACUGGAAUUACGUCGCCGUGAAAUGUAUUGAGGUUGAAAUAUUCAAAAUGAGACUCGAAGUAGAACUAAAACGCGGUGGACAGCCGCCCGGCGAGCAGCCGCGAGCGACUCGUUUCCUCUUGCGGCACCGACCGCAAUCCGGGAGAUGCGUCGCGACGUGUGAUAAUUAAAUAGAUACAGCUCCGGCGUGAUAAAAAGCUGUAACGUGCGCCAAGGGCGCGAUGGCGUCGCGGACGAGAAAGCGGUGGUGCGCGAGUGAUGUUUUAGUGCGACUGACGCUGACCCUGUCGGGUUUAUGCGCGGGGCAUUGCGCGGAUAUCGGUACAACGACAACGACGAUGGCGCCGGUUGCCAGUCCGAGGGAGUGCAUCGGCGGUAAUCAAACGGUGCAGUCUAAGGGCGAGGUGAAGUUGGCGGUGAUCGCGCCGGGCGAUCCUCACCACGAACAGAGCUUGCCGAGGGUGUUGCCAGCGGUGCUGCUGGCGGUGAGAUACGUCAGCUCGCCCAAGGGACCUCUGUGCGGAUGGAACAUCAAGGUGGACCAUCGCGACUCGCACUGCUCCAGCACUUACGGUGCCCUGGCCGCAUUCGCGUUCUACAUCAACAAUACAGCAGACGCCUUCCUGGGUCCCGUGUGCGAUUAUGUGAUCGCACCUGUGGCCAGGUACGCGGGUGUGUGGGGCAUACCCGUGUUAACGGCGGGCGCGCAGGCGGAUGCGUUCCGUCACAAAGACGAGCAUUAUCCAACGUUAACCAGAAUGAUGGGCUCUCAUCGUUUGGUGGGCGAGGCGCUGAGACAUAUCCUACAGCGUUUCGGAUGGAAAAUCGUCGGUCUGCUGUACCACAAUCACGGGGUGUCCAGCAGCAAGGGCAAUUCCGAGUGUCAUUUUACGCUGGGUGCCGUAUUCACGGCCCUCAAUCAGCCUGUGCACAGGAGCUUCAAUCAGGAGUCAACCACCGCCCAGGAUUAUCGGAAGUUGCUCACCUUUGUCUCUAAGUCCGCAAGGAUCGUGGUGAUGUGCGCUAAUUCAACGACCAUCCGGGAGCUAUUGCUGGCUGCCGAGGAGCUCGGGAUGAUAGACUCAGGGGAGUACGUGUUCUUCUCCAUAGAGCUUUCCUCCAGCGAUUACAAUUCCAAAGAACCAUGGAGGAUCGAGGAGGACACCGACGAAAGAAACGAGAAGGCUCGUAAGGCUUAUCAGGCUCUGCUCACGGUGACAGCGCGCACUCCGGAUAAUCUGGAGUACCUGAAUUUUUCGCGCGAAGUUAAGUCCCUGGCGCAAAGCAAAUACAACUUCACCUUCGGUAACAACUCGGUCUCCACCUUUGUGACAGCGUUUUACGAUGCCGUGCUGCUUUACGCCCUCGCCCUUAAAGAGAGCCUGCCGGAAGAGCCGGGUGAAGUCAACCUAGAUGGUGGUAAUUUGACCCGAAGAAUGUGGGGAAAAAGUUUCAAGGGAAUAACCGGGGACGUAAAUAUCGACGAAAAUGGCGACAGAAUUGCCGAUUAUUCUCUACUGGACAUGGACCCGAAAACUUCCAGAUUUGAAAUUGUAGCCAAUUAUUACGGCGCGAAUAAAACAUUAGAAUACAUCCCGGGCAAGCAAAUUCACUGGGCCGGUGGUCGUUUAGAGCCACCGCCGGACACGCCUACUUGUGGAUUCGAUGGGUCGUUAUGUCCUGAUAAUUCUCUUCCAGGAUAUGCCAUUCUCUCCAUGAUAUUGAGCUCCAUCGUGGUUGUUCUCGUCGUCGGUUCGGUAUUUAUUUAUCGGCGCUUCAAACUGGAGGCGGAAAUCGCGUCCAUGACGUGGAAAGUGCACUGGUAUGACGUAAUCGUAAUGCCGAACGCGAAGACACGGGGCUCCAUGUACUCCUUGAAUGUACUCACGAAUAAGUUCCGCGGCAGCCAACUGACGAUAUAUACUGAUAAUGCAAGUAUGCCAGGUGACAUAGAUAGAAACAUGUAUGUGCCAACAGGAUUUUAUAAGAACUCAAAAGUCGCAAUAAAACUAAUACCCAGGAACAAAGUGGAGAUCUCAAGACCUUUAUUGCUGGAAUUGAAGCGGAUGAAGGAUCUUCAGCACGAUCAUCUUGUACGAUUUUACGGUGCCUGUCUUGAGCCGCCGCAUUGUUGCCUCCUAACUGAAUACUGCCCCAAAGGAUCUCUCCAGGAUAUACUAGAGAACGAGCAGAUAAAACUCGAUCGCGUGUUCAGGGGGUCUCUGAUACACGACAUUGUCCGUGGCAUGGUGUAUCUCCACACUUCAGAGUUGAAGAGUCACGGUAAUCUCAAAUCUUCGAAUUGCGUCGUGGAUUCGCGAUUCGUCCUGAAAAUCACUGACUUUGGUCUGCACGAGCUUCGGAGAACAAACGCCACGGAUCCGGACACCGACAAGAACAGCUACGCCUAUUGGAGAAAACAGCUAUGGACAGCUCCAGAAUUGCUGAGGAUGGAAAGACGGCCACCUGAGGGCACUCAGAAAGGCGAUGUAUACAGCUUCGCUAUAAUCGUUCACGAGAUCGUAGUGCGCCAAGGGCCAUUCUACUUGGGAGACAAUAACGAUCUCUCUCCGAAGGAAAUAGUAGAAGGCGUUAGAAGAGGUGGUGGUUCACCUUUAAGGCCUGUAAUCGACGAGGCUUCCGUCGAGGAAGAGGUGGCUACUCUAAUGAGACGAUGCUGGGCGCAAGAUUCCGCGGACCGACCGGAUUUUCCUGCGCUGAAGCAGACGAUCCGUAAAAUUAAUAAGGAUUACGAAAGCAGCAAUAUCCUGGAUAAUUUGCUAUCCCGCAUGGAGCAGUACGCCACGAAUUUAGAAACGUUGGUGGAAGAACGCACGGCGGACUAUCUCGAGGAAAAACGCAAAUGUGAAGAACUCCUCUACCAGUUGUUACCUAAAUCAGUGGCGUCGCAGCUGAUCCUUGGACAAAGUGUAAUCGCCGAGACAUACGAUCAAGUGACAAUCUACUUCAGUGACAUUGUGGGUUUCACGAGCCUGUCAGCCGAGAGUACGCCUCUGCAGGUGGUCGAUCUGCUGAACGACCUCUACACGUGUUUCGACUCAAUUAUCGAGAACUUCGACGUUUACAAGGUGGAAACGAUAGGGGAUGCUUAUAUGGUCGUAUCAGGAUUACCAGUGAGAAACGGCAUGAAUCACGCCAGAGAGAUCGCGAGGAUGAGCUUAGCCCUCAGGGAUACCGUAAUGACGUUCAGUAUUCGCCAUAGACCAAACGAGCAAUUGAAGCUUCGCAUUGGCAUGCAUUCUGGACCAUGCGUGGCCGGCGUAGUGGGUCUCAAGAUGCCGAGAUAUUGCUUGUUCGGCGACACCGUCAACACAGCCUCCAGGAUGGAGAGUAACGGAGAAGCUUUAAAGAUCCACGUCAGCCCAAAGACGAAGGAAAUCCUGGACACCUUCGGCACGUUCGAGCUCGUUUGCAGAGGAGAAGUCAUAUUAAAGGUAAGCCCGCGAUCGAUAUGCGGAUUUUUCUUAAUUUGCUCGACCAAUGUGUACUCAUCUACCCUUAAUACCUCGAUAUUCCUAAUCUUCUUAUUUAAUAUUCUUAUCUUGUAAAUCCGACUUUUCGUCCUCUUCGUUGAGGAUGAACGGAAAAAAGGGCCGUGCGGGUCGCAAUAGAGGACGCGUCGAGCGGAGUUGUUGAAGUAGUCUUCCGUAUCGCAGACGUCACGAAGCGACGAGUGUGUAGCGGCGACGGGAUGGAGGGCGGCUUUCGUUUAUCCUGAUUGGCAUUUCGCGGCGGGCAGAAGGACGUCUGGAUGAUCAUUGCACAGAGCGCCCUGAUUACGAUCUCAUCUCGUGCUUCGCGAUAUACAGCGUGAAACUUUUCGCCCGUGUAUUCUUGCAGCUGGGCAAUGUUGAAGUACGCGCCGGUCUUUGCAUUUCGCCGCAAUGGCAGUUUGUGGACGGAUAUUUACAUUUUUGGAGUAAAACGUUUUUUACGAUGACUUGAAAUGCUUCCUUACGGCAUAUAAUCGUUUACAAUAUCUUUUGAAUUAAAUUUCGCUUUAUAUUAAA